AUUGCGAUUGCUGCUUAUUUGUCUGGAUCAUUGUCGAUUAUUUCAUCGCUCUUAGAUUCGGCUGUCGAUAUAACAUCUGGCUUAGUAAUAUGGUUAACAGCACGAGCGAUCAAGAAAAGAGAUCCAUAUAUGUAUCCAAGAGGUCGUACACGACUCGAACCUAUCGCUUUGAUAAUAGUAAGUGUCAUAAUGGGUGUCGCUUCUAUUCAAAUGAUUGUUCAAUCGGUAGAAUCGAUAUUGCGCAAUUCUGUUAAUCCUCAUGUUGAUAUCAUAUCACUCUCGAUUAUGAUUAUGACUAUUUUGAUGAAAUUUACUUUGAUGAUGCUUUGUAGGAGGUAUAAUAAUCCAUCGAUUAAUGUUUUGGGUCUUGAUCAUCGUAAUGAUUGCAUUUCGAAUUUUGUUGCAAUUUUUUGUGCAUGGAUUGCUGAUCGUUAUUGGAUAUAUCUCGAUCCUAUAGGUGCAAUAGUUGUCUCAAUUUAUAUUGCUACAACUUGGUUCUUAACUGGGAAAGAACAUCUUGCGAUGCUUUCUGGUAAAUCAGCAAAACCUGAAUUUAUUAACCGAAUAGUAAAGAUAUGUAUGGAGCAUGAUAAACGUAUUGAAUACAUUGACACCGUUUAUGUUUAUCAUUAUGGAACACGUUUUUUGGUUGAAGUACAUAUCGUGAUGGAUCGAAAUAUGACAUUACAAGUUGCACACGAUAUUAGCGAAUCAUUACAAAUAAAUAUUGAAAGUCUUAUUGAAGUUGAGCGAGCAUUCGUACAUUGUGAUUAUGAAUUUGAACAUGUGCCUGCUGAUGAACAUAAAGUUGUAUAA